UAGUCUGGAAGGCCGUAUACUGACCUGUUGUUCACAGCGUCAUCUAGUGUUGGCGUGGGUAAUCCAUAACCACGGCGUCGUCUGCUCUAUAUUUUUAGGCCGCUCGCUGCUAACGUUAUUCAAAGUUCGAAUGAAAAUGGAUUUAUCUGAGGAAGAAAUGCUUGAAUUUUUUGAUGACCUUGAUGACGAGAUAGAAGAAAAAUGGGGCAUAUCUGUAGUAGAAAUUGACUACGGAAGCGUUGACUGCAAGAAGCAACUGCAGAUUGCACUGAGUGAUUUGAACAUCCAGUUGAACCAGGAAUCACCACUGUGGGAGGAAGUUUUGGCGGAUUUGAUGGAAAUUUCUAGGGAAGAGUCCAGAAUUAAAAUGACAGCUGAAUACAUUAAAAAAUUGCAGAAGCCAUACUCUAACAAUUCUGAAAUACCUCAUUUGGAUGUAAAACGAAUAAUCAAAACUGCUGCACCGAAAAUUAUAAAAGAAGCAUUUCAGGUAACCCUAACUGAGCCGUUCAUGCAAAUUUCUGUAACCGAAGACGAUGAAAAGGUGAUAGAGUACCUAGCUGGGGGAUUGCUAAAAUGGGGAAUGAAGCGUCUAGGUGGAGAAGGUGCUUCAUGGUGCGAAAGCCACGCUUCUGUGCGCGAUCUUCCUGAUUGCUUUCAAGAACGCAAUAGAGGCGGUCUCAUAUCAGCAUCCGAAACAUUCGUUCGCUUCCUUAUCUCUGUGGAACGUGAAUUCCGGUCUCAAGUUUGCAAAAGGAUAAUAGAUGAACGACGUAUUAUUGGAAAUAUUGACAUGGACCCCUUCAGCCCCAGUGAAUCCAGUAUUCUGACAAUUCUCGUGCGAAGAUUUAUUCGAACAAGGGCCCAUAUCCAUUGCAAUACUGAACUGCAGAAUAACGUGUUAAAAAAAACAACUGGACCCAAAUCAUAUGGACUUCGCGAUGCUUUGAAGGAUUGUUUUUCCAAAUAAUCUCAUCAUUAUACCAAAACAAUAAAAAUUAGCCAACGGAA